UUUCCUCUUUCUGUUUCAUUUUGUUUUCAAGACAGAGUUCCUCUGGGUGGCCCUAGCUGUCCUGGAACUCAUUCUGUAGAGCAGGGUGGCCUUGGAAUGCUGGGAUUAAAGGCACACCCACCACUAAGCAGUGUCCUAGGUAUUUUUAGUCCAAUUCAAGGUUAGUUAGGUUUGACCCGGAACAAGUGACUAAGGUAAAUGUUUUACAUACCAAAGCAGACCCGGCCUCUAGGUUCUCCCUAGAGCAACCCUCAGUCCCUCCCUACAUUGCAUACCCUUCCCCCAACCCUAACUUUCCAGCCCAGAGGCUGGGCUGCUCUUCCCAGAGAAGCUCCUUCCUAUAUAAUCCAGAUAUUUUGGUCUCUCUCCCUCUUCUGUUACUCAGAACUCAGUUACUCUGUUACUCAGUCUGUUGCUCUACAAACUUAGUCUUCCCAGGUCUUUCCCAGGAUCCCGUGCUCAAGAACCACUCCAUUGAGGUACUGGGUGUCUGUCUUCAGUACUCCUUCAUCUCAGAAGUCCUCCUUAAACCAUAUCCUGGUCCUAUUGUCUCUGCCCUCCUUAGCCCACUCCCACCCUCAGCUCACCCUCUCACAAUCCCACAGUGUGGCCUAGAGCAGCCCUCUAGACUUCUCUUCACCCUUUCCUCUUCUAGUCACCACCCCCAACCCACACUCUUUCUCUAUAAGCCAGAACCCCCUACUUUCCCAUGGAACCAGACCCAGGGUUGGGGUGUUCUCCUGAAGUGUGAGCAUGGGGAAGAGGGCUAGACUCCCAGCUCCACCCUCAACUGUCAGCCCGCUCACUUUGGUGGGUGUGGCAGUUCUUAGCAUAACUGAGCUUCAGCCUUCUUACCAGAAAGGAGAGGCUUUAUGUGCAAGACCAGCUGCUCAGAUCACAUCAGUAAGACCCAAGUCUACCAUGGCCUCUGCCCUUGCUUCACUGUGAGUCCCACACACAACACCACUGACUUCCUUGUGCUCUCCCAUCUCAGGGACUUUGCAUUUGUUCUCCUAUCUGAUAUGUUUAUAAAUAUGUAUGUUUAUAUAUGUGUAUAUAUGUAUAUAUAUUCACAUCCCAAAUGCUGUCUCCUCUCCCAGUCCCCCCUUACCUUUGCCUCUGAGAGGGCAUCCCUCCUCCCUGCAGGAUAAUCAAGCCCCUGCAGGGUUCAGUGCAUCCUUUUCCACUGAGGCCAGACAGGGUAACCCUCUGCUAUGUAUGUGCCAGGGUCCUCGGACCUGCCACUGUCUGCUCUUUGGUGGCUCAGUCUCUGGGAGCUCUCAAGGUUCAGGUUAGCUGACACUGUUGGUCUUCCUGUGGAGUUGCUGUCUCCUUGAGAACUUUCAAUCCUUCCCCUAACCCUUCCAUGGGGAUUCCCAACGUUCAUCCAAUGUGUGUGGCUAUCAGCAUCUAUCUCAGUCAGCUGCUAGGUAGAGCCUCUCAGAGGGCUGCUAUGCUAGGCUCCUGUCUCCGUUAGUUAUCCCAGGUGGACCACCUAGGGGCAGAAUACUUUCUUAGAGAUACAUUUGGUUAUUCUGUUACAGGAAUCAAACCCUUAUUCAAUGAUUCCAGCAUCACAGAGGUUUUCCAAACCAUCCAUUCUAAAAUGUUACCUUGUCCCAACCCCUAGCACCACCUUGCUAAAGCCAGGAAGGGUAUAAAGAGCCUAGGGCCUCAGUUCCAAACCUCAUUAAAGAAUUUUCACCUUCGUUUUCAUUGUCUGUAAAAAUGGGCUGGUGAUAGAAACCACCUCUCUGCAAUGUCAUAAAUCUUCUAUGUCAGUUUCAUAAAUGCUCAUAAAUGUUAGCAUCAGGCAUAACAAUAGUUAUAUUUGUAAUUUGAGCAAAUUAAAAAGAAAUGAAGUACUCUAACAGCUGCAGAAAACUCACACCCAUAGUUCUUCUAGAGCUUCUUGCUCUCUCUCUCCAAAUUCAGGUGAGGACAGUAGCAAGGAGGAUAGAGGUUCUUGACUUUUUCUCAGACUAUGGACCUAAGGGUGGGAGGAGUGGAGCUAGGAUAUACCACACAGUGCUCUGUCCUCAGAAACUUCUUUAAAACACAAAUCUUAGCCAGGUAUGGUGGAGCAAGUCUUUAAUCCCAGCACUUGGGAGGCAGAGGCAGGCAGAUCUGUGGGUCUGAGGUCACAGGACAGCCAGGACUACAUAGAGAAAUGCUGUCUUAAAACAGAAAACCCCCAAACAAAAACCCACAAAUCUUCAUGAUUGAGGGGCUUUUGUUUUUCAGCUUCUAAUUGAAUUUUAUUGUAGUACAAUUCACAGAUCCCAUCAUCCUUGUGCCACUUGGCAGUCAACCAUUCGCAUUCUGGAACCGAAGGCUGGUGGCUACAUUUUACAUUAUUGGAAUCAUACAGUAUGUAGCAUUCUCCCUACUUCCUCCAUUUUUAGAGCUUUUUAGAGGUGAGGCAGAAAGGUGGCUAUAAACAAAACCCAUACAAGGACACAAUUUGAGAUAUUCUUUUAAAACAUUUUUUUACAGUUUAUUUUUACGUUUAUGUACGUUGAUGUUCUGCCUGCUUGUCUGUCUGUGUGAGGGUGUCAGAUCCCCUGGAACUGGAGUUACAGAUAAUUGUGAGCUGCUAUGGAGAUGCUGAGAACUGAACCUGGGCCCUUUGGAAGAACAGCUAGUGCUUUUAACCACUGAGCCACCUCUCUAACCCCAAUUUGAGGUAUUCUAGCAUUUCCCACUAAAACUAUCACCACAUAAGAAUAAUGAACAUUAUUUUUCAACCCAAAAAGGUUUGCCUGUUUUCCUUCAUCCCCUCUCUAGUAUAAAUUAGGCUGUAUUUCUUUCCCCAGUGGUGUAGGAGUCACCUAGCACAUGUUCUUUUGUGCCUGGGUUCUUUCACUCAGCAUUUUUUUUUUAAUUCGUCCAUGCUAUAGAGUCUCAGUUCCCCUUUUGUUCCCAUUAUCUGGAAGUGACACAUCUGUCUAUUUGAUAAACAUAGUAGUACCUUCCAGCUCCUGGACUCUCAUGGGAAGAGCUACUAUAGUUUUAUAGAAGAGUCUAUUUGUGAAUCUAAGUUUAUUUUGUGUAAACACCGAGCCUGGGAAUAGCUAGGUCACAUGCAAACAUACACAUUUGACUUUGGAAGAAGCUGUUUAUCUUUCAAGGAUGUCAUAACUACUCUUUGUCAAUCUCUAUGCCAGGAAGAUAGAAAACGCUCAUGAACGUUAGCUAUUAAGCAUAAAAGUAAGUGAAGGUUACUUUAGUAGUUUAAGCAAGUCCAAAGUAGACAAUAAGAUGUGAAUUCAGGAUUUAUUGGGUAAUUCAACAGCUACAGGGGACUCAUACCUUUGAGCCUCUGGUGUUCAUCACUGAAGUCUGUAGGAUUGUGGGUACUAGAGUAGAGGGUAGGGGAUAACUUUGUAUAGUUGGUUCUCUAUCCACUUUUUGUCAGCUCAGGGGAAUGAAAUCAAGUCAACAGGUUCACUUGGCAAGUGGCUCGGCCACUGAGCCAUCACCCAGGCUGUUUCACAUUCUAAUAGUCUCUUUAAUUGACUACAGUUUAGCAGCAGUCUUGGCCUAUGGUGUCACUUCUGUACUUGCUACUAAGCAGAUUAUGGCCUUACCUCAAAAUCAUGUUUGAAGCUAUAACCCCCAAUAAGUUAGUAACAAUGUUUGCAGAUAACCCCUUUAAAGACAUUUAAGUUGUUUAAGUUGUUAGGUUGGGUAUGGUGGUGCAUACCUUUAAUCCUAGCACUUGGGUGACAGAGACAGGCAGAUCCCUGAGUUCAAGGCCAGCUUGGUCUACUGAUCGAGUUCCAAGACAGCCAAGACUACAUAGAGAAAACCUGUUUCAAAAAAAAAAAAAAAAAAAAAAAAAAGAAUCCAACAACAAAGAAGUAAAGGAGUUUAAGUUAAAAACAAGGCUGUUGGAAUUCUUAUCCAAUAGGAUGGAUACUGAGGACUGCUAUAUUGGACUAGAAGAGAAAGGAAAGGACAAUCGGUAAAACCUGAAGUGGCAUAUUAAAUAAAAGCAUGCUAUUGUUAAAGUUCCUGUUUUGUAUUGUAAUUGAGAUUGUGUGAGAAAGUACCUUUGUCUUCAGGAAUACAUACACACAUAUGAUAUAAAUCUAAAAGGAUUUAUAAAAGCAUACAUACAUAUACAACAAGUACACAUGCAUAUAUAUGUAUACAUAUAUAUAUGUAAAACAAGAGAAAAUAGCAAAACAAUAUAAAUCUAGCCAAAAAGGGGGAGACUUCUCUACUAUUCUUACACUUUGUGUGUAUACUUGACCAUUUACAUACAAAAAAGCUAUAGAAAUCCCAGAAACUCUUGUUUAUUGUUUUACAUUAUAUUUAAUCUAUCCUGUGUGCUUUUAACACUGUUCUGUUCUAGUACUUUAGUUGUGAAAAGUCUACGAAGACGCAAAGUUGAUUGAUUGUCUCUUCCAGGGGCAAAGAAUCACAAUUAAGGCAAAGGCUGUCAAGUCCACAACUUUUCCCCUAGACAUAAAACAGUGUGUAGCAGAAACUCAACCUUCAAUAUCAGCUAACAAAAUACUGGGCACCUUCUAGGCAUUGGAGUACAAAGCAGGGCACAAAAUACUUAAAAAUCCACGCCCAAGGGCCGGGGAUGAAGCUUAGUAAAGUGCCUGUCUGAUAUGCACAAAGCCCUUGGUUUGAUUCCUAGCCCUGUACAAACAAAUAGGGAGUAUAAACCCGGUGUGGUGGUGCCCGCCUUUAAUCUCAUUACUCAGGAGAGGAAGGCAAGAGGAAAAGUUCAAGAUCAUUCUUAACUACAUAGCCAUUGUGCUCCCUCCCACUACAAUGGGCGGCCGGGGUGAAGAGUAUCAAAAUCCAAGCCCAAAGCAGCUUAUAUCAGGCACUCAAUUAGCCAGCCAUCAUAUUUCAUUUGGGCCUUUGCAACCUGGGAAGUGAGGACCACCGGGUUUGGCAAAGAAGGAUAUUGAGGAUUAUGUGCGGCUGAGAUCAUUGGGGUCAUUAGUGGGCGUGGGGAUUAGCAUUCUAACCCGGGUCUCAGCUGGUGAAUCAAUUACACCUAAGCCAUUCACCCAAUCAGCAUCAAGUGCCGACUGCGGGCUUGUAGGUACCAUGCAGGUCAAGUCCGGAAAGGCGUUAGCGGAGCGCACACGACUCGCGAAGGCCCUCUGUACAAAUCGCGGGAUUUUGGCGCGCUCUUUUUGUUGGCUGGGUGUUCUCGCCAGUGAUUGGUUCCGGGCUGUCGCGGCUGCUGGGUCUACCUCGGCUGUAGAGAGGCGGCGCAGCUCUUCGCUGGCCUCCUGGGGGAUGGGCCACCAGGAAUCUCCACUGACCAAAGUAGCGGCGGGAGGUGCAGCUUACAUAAAGAGGUUACGUAAAGUGCUCAGCUGGCGCGAACUCGAGGACAGCCACGGGAACCUGGAAGCCGAGGCCUCCCCCGGGAGCGCUGCUGUCAUCUCAGGAGCAGCGCCGCGACCUGCUACACGUCCAACCAGGCUCCCCGCCUCGCGCCCUACUCGGCUCUGCAGACAACCCGGGCUCGGAACGGAUCAUCCUCCGGCGCGGGCUCCAAGGGGGAACCGGUCCGCCCGGAAGAGGAACAGCGCCGGCCAGAUCACAAUCCAAGGUACCGCUCCUCCGCAUCUCCGGGCUAGACGGAGGGAUGAGGCAGGGGGGGCCCGGGCGGCGCCGUUGCUGCUCCCCCCGCCCCCCGCAGCCAUGGAAACGGGGAAAGAGAACGGAGCCCGCAGAAGGACAAAAAGCCCGGAGCGGAAAAGGCGAAGCCCAGUGCAGCGGGUACUCUGCGAGAAGCUGAGGCCGGUGGCCGAGGCCAAGGAUCCGGCUAUGGCCGAGGUCCCGGGCGAGGCCUUCCUGGCCCGGCGGCGGCCGGAUGGCGGCGGCGGGGAUGUUCCUGCACGGCCGCGCUACAGCCUGUUGGCGGAGAUCGGGCGCGGCAGCUACGGCGUGGUUUAUGAGGCUGUGGCUGGGCGCAGUGGGGCCAAGGUGGCAGUCAAGAAGAUCCGCUGCGACGCUCCUGAGAACGUGGAGUUGGCCCUAGCUGAAUUUUGGGCCCUAACAAGCCUCAAGCGGCGUCACCAGAAUAUCGUGCAGUUUGAGGAGUGUGUCCUACAGCGCAAUGGGUUAGCCCAGCGUAUGAGUCACGGCAACAAGAACUCACAGCUUUACCUGCGCCUGGUGGAGACCUCGCUCAAAGGUCGAUCCUUCGGGACCCACAGUCUCAUCGUGUCUCGGACAGGAUGGCAGAGGGUGCAGGUCGUGGUGAUCUCCUGACAGCUGGACCUCCCACAAUGUGAAGCUUUUGCUUGGGUUUCCCACUCUACCCUUUUCUUUCUCCUUUAUUAUAAUAAUAAUUAUUUUUUUUAAACAUUAAACCAUCAAGUCUUCUGAGGAACAGAAGGCUAUACUCUGGACAGGCA